AUGACGUACCGGAGCUGGACAGUGGCCCCUGAGGUUGGUGAUAACACUGAUGGGGACAAUGUCAGCCUUCUGGGCAGAGCACAAUAUAUCUAUCAAAGGAGGACUCCAAACUCCCGCAGACCUUCACUUUGGCAGGGCUACGGCCUUGUUGAAAGUGGAGGGGGGGGCUUGUCCUUCCUGUUAGGGAUCAACAAGCCAGGUUGGUCAGAAGAGGACGACUCGGAAGGCCUGGCCAUAGGCCACGCGUGUCUUUGGUCCAUAAGUUUUCAAUUAUUAAUACAGGACCUUAGGGAUCGUGUACCUCCACCUACCAGGAGACGAACAGAGCCAAGAGCGGGUCAUCAAGGACGGGGUACCUGGUCCUCAGGGAGCUCACUGAUGGUGAGCCCCGCGAAUCGAAUUGUUUGUCCUUCGUGGUACAAAGACGCCAGUCCAAGGCGUCCCCCAGUCCUCCAACUCAGGGCGGCCUUAAAGGCGACCCCAACAGUGGCUGGGGCUGACGAUCCGUACUGGUGUUCAGAACCUUGUGGUAUCUUUAUCUGGAACCUCACAAACGACAAGUUCAGCUUGGCUACAACCACAGACACCAGUACAACCACAGACACCAGCCAGCUACAACCACAGACACCAGUCAGCUGCAACACAGACACCAGUCAGCCACAACCACGAACGUCAGCAACCACAGACACCAGCCAGCUACAACCACAGACACCAGUCAGCUACAACCACAGACACCAGUCGCUGCAACCACAGACACCAGCCAGCUACAACCACAGACACCAGCCAGCUACAACCACGACACCAGCCAGCUACAACCACAGACACCAGCCAGCCCACAACACAGACACCAGCCAGCUACAACCACAGACACCAGCCAGCCUACAACCACAGACACCAGUCAGCUACAACCACAGACACAGCAGCUACAACCACAGACACAAUCACAGCACCACAACCACAGACACCACAGCUACAACCAGACACCAGCCAGCUACAGCACAGACACAGUCCAGCUACAACCAGAACCCAGCCAGCUACAACCACAGACACCAGCCAGCUACAACCACAGACACCAGCCAGCAACAACCACAGACACCAACCAGCUACAACCACAGACACCAGUCAGCUACAACCACAGACACCAGUCAGCCCACAACCACAGACACCAGCCAGCUACAACCACAGACACCAGCCAGCUCACGACACCAGCCACUCCCACCCAACCACAGCAGAACCUGCUACAACCCAGACACCAGCCAGCUACAACCACAGACACCAGCCAGCUACAACCACAGACGCAGCCAGCUACAACCACAGACACCAGCCAGCUACAACCAGACACCAGCCAACUACAACCACAGACCCAGUCGCUCACAACCACAGAACCAACCAGCUACAACCACAGACACCAGCCAGCAACCACAGACACCAGCCAGCUACAACCACAGACACCAUCGCAGCCACAGCCAGCUACAACCACAGACACCAGCCAGCUACAACACAGACACCAGCCAGCUACAACCACAGACACCAGUCAGCACCAACCCUGACACCAGCUGCAACACAGACACCAGCCAGCACAACCCAGACACCAGCCAGCUACAACCACAGACCCAGCCAGCUACAACCACAGACACCGGCAGCCAACCGACCGACUACAACCACGAACACCAGCCAGCUACAACCACGACACCAGCCAGCUACAGACCACAGACACCAGCCAGCACAACCACAGACACCAGUCAGCUACAACCACAGACACCAGUCGGCACAACCACAGACACCAGCCAGCUACAACCACAGACACCAGCCAGCUACAACCAGAACACCAGCCAACUACAACACAGACACAGCCAGCUACAACCACAGACACCAGUCAGCUACAACCAGACACCAGUCAGCUACAACACAGACCAACCAGCUACAACCACAGACACCAGCAGCUACAACCGACACCAGUCAGCACACAACCACAGACACCAGUCAGCACACCACAGACACCAGUCAGCUACAACCACAGACACCAGCCAGCUACAACCACAGACCCAGCCAGCUACAACCACAGACACCAGCCAGCUACAACCACACAGACACGCCAGUCAGCCUGCAACCACAACCCAGUCAGCACACAACCAGAACCAGUCAGCUACAACCAGACACCAGUCAGCACAACCACAGACACCAGCCAGCAACACAGGCACCAGCCAGCUACAGCCACAGACACCAGUCAGCUACAACCAGAACCAGUCGCUACAACCACAGACACCAGUCAGCUACAACCCGGACACCGGCAGCUACAGCCACAGACACCAGCCAGCUACAACCACAGACACCAGCCAGCUACAACCACAGACACCAGUCGCUACAACCACGACACCAGCCAGCUACCACGAGCACCAGCCAGCUACAACCACAGACACCAGCCAGCUACAACCACAGCCAGCCAGCUACACCACAGACACCGCAGCUACAACCACAGACACCAGUCAGCUACAACCACAGACACAGCCAGCUACAACCACAGACACCAGCCAGCUACAACCACAGACACCAGCCAGCUACAACCGCACCAGUCAGCCAACCACGACACCAGCCAGCUACAACCACAGACACAGCCAGCUACAACCACGACCCAGCCAGCUACAACCACAGACCCCAGCCAGCUACAACCACAGACACCAGCCAGCUACAACCACAGCACCA